UCUGAAUAAAUGAAGAAAGUGACUAUGAAAGCACAGCAUCUACCUUCUGUUUCCAUCAAUGAGGAGAAGUUCAUAACAAGAGAGCAGCUCAGUUCUCUUCUGAAGACCUAUAACUCUUACUAUUCUGAUCAAGAAAACCUGCAGCUGUCACACAGCCAGCAAGAAGGAAGCAAACCAUUUAUUGAAGGGAUCUUGUCAAUAUUUUGGGGAGUACGACAUCCUAUCCAAUUAAAAAUUCAGGAUGAGAAGCAGAUACCCUCUUUUGUGACCUUGAAGUCAACGGAGAGUGUGGCUUCAUUUCCUAAUAAAAGGGGAAUGACACGCUGGGGAGAAUUUGAUGACCUCCAUCACAUCAGUGGGGACACCUUGAAAUCUACUGAAGAAAAGCCAGACCUUGAGAAAAGCUCCUCCUGUUACCAAAGCCAUACCCUGAAGGCCCCUCGGGGGCAGGAGCAGGACUGUGCCACCCUGCCCAGGGCUGGUGCCACCGCAGCCGCCACGUGCAAGAGGACCAGGCUGCCCAUGAUAGCCAGGACAGAAGUGGAGACCCACAGGUUCUCCAUCAAUGGCCACUUCUACGACUAUGAGACCUCAGUUUUCACUCCAGCUUUUGGGUCGGAAACCAAAAUAAGAGUAAACAGCCAGAUGAGGACAAGACAAGUCAUAGAACAACUGCUUCGGAAGUUCAAGAUAGAAAACAGCCCACGUGAAUUUGCACUUUACGUUAUCCAUGCGUCCGGAGAAAAGAAGCAGCUGAGGAGUGGAGAUGUUCCCUUACUGCACAGGCUCCUACAGGGGCCCUCAGACAAGGUUGCCAAGUUUUUCCUGAUGGACAGGGAUGUGGAAGAGAUUAGCAGUGAUGUUGCUCAGUAUCUUCAAUUUCAUCUUCCCUUUUUGGAGUCAAUUCUGCACAGAAUAAAUGAAGAAGAAGAGCAGGAGAUUCAGCAGACAAUUGCAAGGUACCUGAAAGAGAAGACUAUGAUUUGCCAGCACCUUCACAGUCGAACUGCUAAGAAAACAGAGACAACUGUUUGA